UAAUGGCUCAGCAGCAGCAGCUUCAUUAGUGGUCCUCUGGAUGAGGCCUGUUUCCCCUAUAAUGACUCCAGCAACCACUAUGUUGUUGGAUAAAAACCAUGCAUGUGCAAAAAUAAGAUCUUGAGGAGGGAGGAAGUUUACUUUUUUUCCAUUGUUAACAUUUGUGCAUUUUGGAAAAUCUGAAAGUACUGUGUAGCCAAUGAGAUUUAAGCUAAAUAACAACACUUAUUGUUAUCUUCUUUCUCCAAAAUCAACCUUUCAACUUUGUAUAAAAAGGCAGAGUAAUAGCACUUGGACUAAGUUCAUUUCAGUUGGACUUUACUGUCCUUAACAAAAAAAAAAAAAAACCCACAGCACAAGCAUACAGCACAAGAAAAGUACAAUACAGCAAGAUAGAAACAUCCACAGUUAUUAUAAAAGACAGAUCAAUGUUCCUUCUGCCAUUGUGCAGGACACAAACUAGGAUUUGAUGGCAGUGUGAUGAUAGCGUCCUGAGGAUCACUCAGUGGACAGAUACAUUUGUAAGUCAGGUUUGUGCUGAAAAACAAGUUGCUCUACACCACUUAUUUUUGACAAAGUUGGGGAAUAUCAAUACAAUGAAAACAUUUUACAGCAUCUGUGUGGAUUUAACAUUGCAUCACUGAAGUAAAAGGAGUCACGUUUCCUGUCAUCCUGGACACUAUUACUCACACUUUUGUCAAUAUACUGAUGCAACACAGUGGUUACUUCAGAAAUCGUUUCUUCUCUUUUCAGAAACUCUCUACAGAGACACUGCCGUCUCUGAUGAAGCACUGAUAUGAAAACAGAGAACUUCUCAUCUGACUGAUCUCAUUAGAUUCCCUCCAGUGGCAGAGAAUGGUAGUAUCACUUACCUCUAUGCUAUAUCAUAAAACCCUGCUUUAUGUAAUGGUUUUUCAUUUUUCUGUAGUGACAGGAAAGCACCAUGAAUACCAGGAGUGUCUCUUGGUCUACAGUUUGUAAUGAAGCUUUUGCCACCUCUGCCUCUGUGAUUUGCUGCAGGCUCUUCUUUAUAGUUUUGGCUCCUGUAACAGUGACCUCCAGCUGUGUGGAUUAAACAGUUUACAGUUUUUAAGUUCACACCCACUGAGCUGUUUAUUUAGAUCUGAAAUCUCAAAAUCCACCAGUGGAUUGGAUAUUGUCACCUUGCAUCAUGACCCCAAAUUCCAAUCCUGCGAGAAAAGAAACUAGAGCUAAAUGGCACCUUGUUAAUGUUCUUCUCCACAGUCCUGCUGCUCACCUCUUCUAAUUACAGGACCCCUAUUGGUUGGAUGGAUGGCAACGUAGGAGCCAAUCCCAGAGCACCUAACAGCACGCUGGAGCUAAACGACAUGCCUUUUUGUUUUUAAUGAUCAAGAAGGGCUCCUUAAAAAUGUUUCUCUGCCUGUUUGUCCCAUAUAGGGAGCAGUGAGUUACAGGCUUUAGACAACAGCUCAAAGAGCCACCGUCCAGCACCCCCUUCCCCCAGCGCUCGAUCCAGAGAGCCCUCGGCCCCAGAGGUGAUCACAGGUGGCCAGAACUUCAGCACCUUUGCAGGAGGCACAUAAACUGAAAAUGGCCCGACCUUCGUUUUUCCUUAUCCACACUGGAUUUGUUCUAGCACUUGUUUUAUUACCAGACUUUCUAGGGGCCGUACCAGUGGAGCAGCACAAGGAGGAGGAAGUGGCCGCAGUGUCUGAUGAUGUGAAAGCCGAGGCCAUGGAGAACUUGAAGAAGCUGGUCCGCAACAGAAGGAAUGUGCCUGUCUUGGCUUUCCCCCAGUUCAAACGGCUUCCUGACUUCUGGGGAUGGUACAAGUACUUCAUGGACACCCACAACCAAGAAGGAAUUGAGGAUUUGGAUCGCCUGUACAUGGCCUACCUGCAGAACAAGCACCGAUCAGAGGAGGGGCCGACCUUCGACCACUACCUAAAGCACCUUAGUGAAAUCUACAAGACCUGUGCCGAUUCUGACGAUCCAGAUUGCAUCGCUGAGUCCACUAGCAAACCAAAGGCAGCGGUGGUGAUGCCCGCCCCCAUCAAGUCUGCCGCCGUCAGGCUGUGCAAUCCUUACAUCGACCCCUACUGCCUGUUCCACUACUUCCCCAAGGCGGCCGCCCCCGAGCCCGAGCCAGCUCCAGCUCCAGCUCCAGCCAAGGUUCCAGCUCCCAUCCUGACACCCUUUCUGCCCAUGCCGCUGAAGAGCCCCACUGGCUUCUACUACUACGCCCCCGUCCUGGAGUCUUUCCUGAGCCCCGAGCAGAAGUCAGAGCUGCUGAGGAUCUGCAAUGCUGAAGAUGUAGAGUGUCUGCAGUACCACCUGAGGGCAGCUUAUGGCUACCGCCCAGCUCCUGGCCCUGCUCCAUCCUAUGCCGCUCUCAAAUGUGACCCCCAGGACCCCUACUGCAUGCCCCUCCUGGUGCAGAAGGCCCCAACUGGUUUCUACCACCUGCUUUACCCAGGCUGUGACCCAACAGUGGAUCCUCUGUGUGUGGGGAACGUCGCUGCUCCGGCUCCACUGUCCACUGAGGAAGCUCCUAAAGAGCAGCACUGCAACCCCCUCUUUGACGCCGGCUGCAACCCCCUGACCGCCACCAAGCUGUCAGGCCUCACCAAGCCCGUGCUGGAGUACCCCCUGAAGGACGCCCCUGCAUCUGCAGCCUUUAGAGCCCCUGCUGCUUCUCUGUCCUGCGACCCUCGCUACGAUCCAUACUGCAUACUGGCAGCCGCCGCCGCUCUGCGCCAGCCUCCUCCGCCGAUGCCCGAGCACCAGGUCCGCUACAAGCUCGGCGUCCCUGGAAAGACCAAGGAGGGUUACGACUGCUAUGUGCACUAUGACAAAGACUGCACCCCAGUGGAGCCCAGCUCUGAGGCCAAGGCUGACAUCAAGGCUCCAGCCAAACCUUUCUGCCACCCGUUUGACCCCAGCUGUAAUAAGUUUUCCCCCCCUCCUUCCUCUGGGGCAUCAAAACCUGGAAAGGAUGGCAUUAUCCUGCCUGACCCCAACUGUGACCCCGAGUAUGACUACAACUGCCGCUUACGUCGCGUCGAGCCCGCCCCUGCCGAUGAGCCCGCCCCUGCUGAUGAGCCCACCAAGGAGGCCGCUGCCCCACGUUUUGAAGACUUCCUGAAGGGUGUCAUGAACAAGCACAAGUAAACAAUACAUGACACCACAAUCAACAACACCUGCUGCACAAUCUAACAGGUGGGCAUGGAGCUCAGUCUGUAAUCCUUAAUGGAUCUUAUAGACAAAAAACUUACAAAAGUUAAGCAAAUUUCAUUUCACAUUAGUCCAAUUUAUUGUAUUGUUCAAGAGUGGAUGACAUUUCCUGAUGUUUCUUCUGUUAGAAAAGGAGAAAGUAAUCAAAGAGGGUCACUUCAUUCACCAUAAGUAUAGAAAAGUAUGUGAAACGUAAUGGAAUGGAUUAAAUACUUACAUGUAUUUAAGUUUGUAGAAAAUAGUUAUAUGUAUAGAUGUGUGAUAGUGUUAUGUAGGUGUAGUUUGAAUUCAUGUCAGUGGGCAGGUAUUUUUCUCUGUUGUACAUUGUCAGUUUCCAUUUGAGUUAUCAUAAGUGUAUUUAAUGUUGUUUAACUCAGUUAUCUGCAACUUUAAACCUCACAUUGCUUCACUUGUUUAGUUUUUAUGAAGUUCUAAAUAAAAAAAAAGAAGAUC